AUGGCAACCCUGCUGUUACCAACGGGUCCUGAUGGCUUGCGGCGGUUCACUCGCGAGUCCUUGGCUGCGCUGGAGCAGCGGAUUGCGCAGGAGCAGGCCAAGAACGCCAAGGUUUGCCACGAGUCUCACAGGAACGCAGAGCCACCCAAACCCAGGCUCGACGUGGAGGCAGGCAAGCAGCUGCCGCGCAUCUUCGGUGACAUCCCUACAGAACUUAUUGGGGUGCCACUGGAGGACAUUGAUCCGUUUUACUACAAGAACAAGAGGACUUUUAUAGUACUUAACAAAGGGAAGGUCAUCUUCAGAUUCAGUGCCACAUCUGCAAUUUACAUAUUUAGUCCAUUUCACUUCAUCAGAUCAAUCGCCAUAAAAAUUUUAGUCCAUUCAUUGUUCAGCUUGUUCAUUAUGUUCACUAUUCUGACUAACUGUUUCUUCAUGGCCAUGUCUGAUCCGGCACCAUGGACAAAGUACCUGGAAUAUACGUUCACUGGCAUUUACACUUUCGAGUCGGCGAUAAAGAUAUUAGCAAGAGGAUUCUGUAUAAUGCCGUUCACGUUCUUGAGAGAUCCAUGGAACUGGCUGGACUUCAGCGUCAUUGUCAUGGCAUAUGUGACAGAAUUUGUAGACCUUGGAAACGUCUCAGCGUUAAGAACCUUCAGAGUACUACGAGCACUGAAAACCAUCUCAGUCAUCCCAGGUCUGAAGACCAUUGUCGGUGCGUUGAUCCAGUCUGUGAGGAAGCUGGCAGACGUUAUGAUCCUGACCGUCUUCUGCCUCAGCGUGUUCGCCCUCAUCGGCCUGCAGCUCUUCAUGGGCCUGCUGCGGCAAAAGUGCAUCCGCAGCCUUUCGCACUGCGUCAACUCCUCCUUCAGCCCCAACGCAUCCUUCAUCUGUAACAACAGAACCUGGAGCUCCAGGGCGGACUUCCUCACCAGCGAAGAUAAUUUUUACAAAGUUGAAGGAGCAAAGGAUGCCUUAAUAUGCGGAUAUGGAAGUGAUGCAGGGAAGUGUCCAGAUGGAUUUGACUGCCUAAAACUAGGGAGGAAUCCUAACUAUGGAUACACCAGUUUUGAUACCUUCGGCUGGGCUUUUCUGGCCCUCUUCCGACUCAUGACACAAGACUACUGGGAAAAACUGUUCCAUCAGACGCUGCGCUCUGCGGGGAAGACCUACAUGGUUUUCUUUGUGCUGGUAAUAUUCCUGGGCUCCUUCUACCUGGUCAACCUCAUCCUGGCUGUAGUGGCCAUGGCCUAUGAGGAGCAGAAUCAGGCAACCAUCGCUGAGGCCUGGCAGAAGGAGAGGGAGUUUCAGCUGGCUAUGGAGCACCUUCGCAGAGAGCAAAGAUUGGCAUCAAAAAGACAACAAGCACAGGAUACAGACUCAGUGUUGUCCCCCGAGUUGUCUCCACUCUGUCUGAAGACAGGCAGCAUACGCCGAAACAGCAGCAGAAGAAGAAGAUCGCAUCGGGCGUUGUCAGAGGAAACAGCAGAGGAAGCUGCUGAAGAGAAGUUUGACCCUCUGGAUGAGCCGAUGCCGUCUCUGUCUCCCCUUCCGGUCCACCCUCUGCUGGCCACGCUCUCCUCUCACCCCCUCAGCACCAGGAGAGGAAGCCAGGUCAGUGUCUUCAGCACUUUCCGGGCACGCAACAACUCAGAGGCUGACUUCGGUGACGAUGAGCACAGCACUCAUGGGGAUGUCUUCAGGAGUCGCACCAGUUCAACGGCAACGCCCUGGAAGAGAAGGACGGGCAGUGUGCGGAGCCACUGUUCCCAGAUCUUCACCCCCAGCCUCAACAUCAAUGGCCGGCUCAACAUCUCCCUUGAUCAGAAUGGAGUCACCACUCUGGGCCUACACACCCCCACCUCCAUGCCUGCUUACAGCACGGAGAGGGUCAGGGAAGACACGAAGCCCACCAGUUUGGAGGACACAGUUCCCAGACUUUUCCUCCAGCCUUCGCCGACAGUGACCGAGCCCUCUCCAGUUCAAAGGAAAAGAGGGCUGAGCUCUGUCAGCUUCUUCAGCGAUGCAAUGGGAGAGCUAGAGGUGUCGAGGCAGAAGUGCCAUCCCUGCUGGUACACAUUCGCCAAGAAGUACCUUAUAUGGGACUCUUGCCCCUGGUGGCUGAGGUUGAAGGACUGGGUGAAGUUCAUGGUGAUGGAUCCUUUCCUAGAUCUGGGUAUCACCAUAUGCAUAGUGCUGAACACCCUCUUCAUGGCCCUGGAGCACUAUCCCAUGACUGAUGAGUUCAACACGAUGCUUUCAGUGGGCAAUCUGGUUUUCACAGGAAUCUUUACAGCUGAGAUGGUGCUGAAGCUGAUCGCCAUGGACCCCUACUACUACUUCCAACAGGGCUGGAACAUCUUUGACGGCAUCAUUGUUUGUCUCAGUCUGAUGGAGUUGGGUCUUUCCAAUGUAGAGGGGCUGUCGGUCCUGCGAUCUUUCAGACUGUUACGAGUCUUCAAGCUGGCAAAAUCCUGGCCCACUCUCAACACUCUCAUCAAGAUCAUCGGCAACUCUGUGGGCGCCCUGGGAAACCUGACGCUGGUGCUGGCCAUCAUCGUGUUCAUCUUCGCUGUGGUGGGCAUGCAACUGUUUGGCAAGAACUACCAGGACUGUGUGUGUAAGAUCUCCAUCGACUGUCAGCUGCCUCGCUGGCACAUGAAGGACUUCUUCCACUCCUUCCUGAUCGUGUUCCGGGUGCUGUGUGGGGAAUGGAUAGAGACCAUGUGGGAUUGUAUGGAAGUGGCCGGACAGCCCCUUUGUAUCCUGGUGUUUAUGUUGGUCAUGGUUAUUGGGAACUUGGUGGUGUUGAAUCUUUUUCUGGCCCUGCUGCUCAGCUCCUUCAGCUCCGACAACCUCUCUGCUCCAGACGAGGACGGCGAUUUGAACAACAUCCAGAUCGCCAUCGCCCGCAUCAAUUCCGGCGUCUCCUGGCUCACCACGUGCAUCAUCGACCUCUUCAACCACAGCUUGAAGCGUCGGAAGAAGAAGACCAAUCAGGCCACCAAGCUGGUUGGGAAUCACAUAGAAAGCAAUGGUGGGAUUUUUGGACGCUACGGCGAGAAGUACAUAAUACCAGAGGGGGACAGCUACAUGACGAACCCCAAUUUGACGGUCAUUGUUCCCAUUGCACCGGGAGAGUCGGAUGUGGAGUUUCUGGAGGAGGAGGAGGUUUCUGAGUCUUCAGAGGAUGAAGACAACAAACCGGAGCUGAUCAGCCUAUCAGAGGGCAGCACGGUGGAUCUGAGGAAGCCUGGAGAAGAGAUGGACAACUUGUCAGAGAUGGCUGAGGAGAGUAUGGAGCCGGAGGAAUGCUUCCCAGAAUUCUGCAUGAGGCACUGUCAGUGCUGUGAAAUCGAUACGAGCCGUGGUCUGGGCCAGGCCUGGUGGAGGCUGAGGAAGACCUGCUACCAGAUUGUGGAACAUAGCUGGUUUGAGACUUUCAUCAUCUUCAUGAUCCUGCUCAGCAGUGGGGCUCUGGCAUUUGAAGACAUCUACAUCGAGAAGAGAAAAGUGGUGAAGGUGGUGUUGGAGUAUGCCGACAAGGUCUUCUCCUACAUCUUUGUGCUGGAGAUGUUCCUCAAGUGGAUUGCGUACGGCUUCAAGAAGUAUUUCACCAACUACUGGUGCUGGCUCGACUUUCUGAUCGUGGACGUGUCCUUGAUAAGCCUGGUAGCAAAUUCUCUGGGAUACUCCGACUUUGCUGCGAUCAAGUCCCUGAGGACUCUGCGGGCUUUGAGACCUCUCAGAGCUCUGUCCAGAUUUGAGGGCAUGCGGGUGGUCGUGAACGCUCUCAUAGGAGCCAUCCCUUCCAUCAUGAAUGUGCUGCUUGUGUGCCUCAUCUUCUGGCUCAUCUUCAGCAUCAUGGGGGUCAACCUGUUCGCUGGCAAGUUUGGGAAGUGCGUGAACAGAACCGGCUUCAUCCACAGUGUCUCCCUAGUCAACAAUAAGUCAGAGUGCCUCUCUAUGAAUGACACCCAGUUCUACUGGACAAAAGUCAAGGUCAACUUCGACAACGUGGGACUUGGCUACCUUUCCCUUCUGCAAGUGGCAACAUUUAAAGGAUGGAUGGAAAUAAUGCACGCAGCUGUUGACUCAAGAGGAGUGGAGGAACAACCCAUCAGAGAAAUCAACCUCUACAUGUACCUCUACUUUGUCGUCUUCAUCAUAUUCGGCUCCUUCUUCACCCUCAAUCUCUUCAUCGGUGUCAUUAUUGACAAUUUCAAUCAGCAGAAAAGAAAGAUGAGUGGGCAGGAUAUCUUCAUGACUGAGGAACAGAAGAAGUACUACAACGCUAUGAAGAAGUUAGGAUCUAAAAAGCCUCAAAAGCCAAUACCGAGGCCUGCGAAUAUUCUCCAAGCCUUCUUCUUCGAUCUCGUGUCCAAGCAAGCCUUUGACAUCAUGAUCAUGAUGCUCAUCAUCGUCAACAUGGUGACCAUGAUGGUGGAAACCGAUGAGCAGUCCGAGCGCAUGGAAACCAUCCUCAACAAGAUCAACCUGGUCUUCAUCGUGAUCUUCACCACUGAAUGCCUGAUCAAGAUCUUUGCCCUCCGCUGUUAUUUCUUCACAGUUGCAUGGAACAUUUUUGAUUUUGUGGUGAUAAUUCUCUCUAUUGUGGGAAUUGUUCUUGCCGACAUCAUUGAGAAGUACUUUGUAUCACCGACCCUGUUUCGGGUCAUCAGACUGGCAAGGAUAGGACGUGUACUUCGACUUAUACGUGCAGCCAAAGGAAUAAGGACUCUACUGUUUGCCUUAAUGAUGUCCAUGCCAGCACUGUUCAACAUUGGCCUCCUGCUUUUCCUCGUCAUGUUCAUCUAUGCGAUCUUCGGUAUGGCGAACUUUGCCUACGUGAAAAAACAAGACGGGAUCGACGACAUGUUCAACUUUGAGACCUUUGGGAAUAGUAUGAUCUGCCUUUUUCAGAUCAGCACCUCGGCGGGUUGGGACAACCUCCUGAGUCCCAUCAUGGCCAGCUCCCCAGAGGAGUGCGACCUCCACUUUGUCAACACUGGCACUAACACCCGGGGGAACUGUGGCAGCCCCUCAAUGGGCAUAGCUUUCUUUGUCAGUUACAUAAUCAUUUCUUUCCUCAUCGUGGUGAAUAUGUAUAUAGCUAUCAUUCUGGAGAACUUCAGCGUUGCCACGGAGGAGAGCACAGAGCCGCUGAGCGAGGACGACUUUGAAAUGUUUUAUGAGGUCUGGGAGAAGUUUGAUUCUGAGGCCACGCAGUUCAUUGAGUUUUCCAUGCUGUCAAUCUUCGCUGACAACCUGUCGGAGCCGCUGCGCAUAGCCAAGCCCAACAGGUUCAAGCUGAUCUCCAUGGACCUUCCCAUGGUCAGCGGGGACAGGAUCCAUUGCCUGGACAUCCUGUUUGCCUUCACAAAGCGUGUCCUGGGAGAGUCGGGUGAGAUGGACGCCCUCAAGCAGCAGAUGGAGGAGAAGUUCAUGAUGACCAACCCCUCCAAGAUUUCCCACGAGCCCAUCACGUCCACGCUGCGCCGCAAACUGGAAGAGGUUUCCGCGAUCGUCAUCCAGAGGUGUUACAGGAGGCAUCUGGUGCGCCGGCAGAUGAAGCAGGCGUCCUACCUCUACAGACAAAUAAACUACGAGACUGUAGUGGAUGUAGAGAACGCUCCAGAAACAGAGGGGCUGAUAGCCUCCAUGAUGCAUCACUACGGACUUGGAGGUGUGGAGAUUGGACAGACAACGGAGGACGCACUUCUGUCCUCGCCACCAUCUUAUGACAGCGUGACCAGAGCAGCCAGUGACCUCUCCGAGGACGGCAGAUCAAUAUCCAGAGACUCUGAACUUGGGGAGCCUGGUGAGAGCUACGAGGAAACUUUCCUUUGA